GCGCCCCCUCGCUGCCCUCCCGGUGCGGGCCCUCGAGGCCCCUUCGCCAAGAUGUCGGUCAACCCCAUGGCCUACGAGGCGCAGUUUUUCGGCUUCACCCCCCAGACGUGCAUGCUUCGUGUCUACAUCGCCUUCCAGGACUACCUCUUCGAGAUGAUGCUGGUGGUUGAGAGCGUCAUCCUGAAGAAAUUGGAUGGGUUUCCCAACGCUAAAAUCAGCCCGUUCCAAAUCCGGGAGAGCACGGAGAAAUUUCUUCUCUUCAUGAAGGAGCGCUUUGAUCAGCUCUUCAGUAAAAUGGAAGAAGUGCUUUUGCAGCUGGUGUUGAACAUCCCGAAGAACGUGCUCCUUCCUGAGGACAAGGUGCACGAGCAGUACCCGUACACUAAAGAACAGUUCCAGGCGCUGCAGGAUGAGAUCAGUGAACUGCAGCAGCAGUACAGGGCCGAGGCGUCUGCGGGGCAGGCGCUUCUAGCGGAACUGGAAGAACAGAAGACUGUUCAGGCUGAACUUGAAAAAAUUUUGCAGUGGUUUGAUGGGCUUGAGAACAUCUGUAGAGCACACGGGACCAGCAACUUCCAAGAAAGCUUUGCAUUCCUGACCCAGAACUCUAAGAAGCUCCAAGGGGUAUUAAAAGAUGUUGAAAAGAAAAGCAAAAAACUGCAGAAGAGUGGUCAGUUAGCUUAAUGGAAAUUAUGAAAAGCAUCAAAAAAGCCAUUAAUCAGCUCACUUAAAAUGAUAAAGAGGCCUGCCUUUCCAGAAGUAUCUUCUCUAGCCCCUGCACUUCUAAUCCUGCCAGGAGUAGGCUGAAAGCUGGUCGAGCUCUUGCACUGAAUUUUGUUGAAGUGUAUCAGUUUGCCUCAACUUAAUUAGGAAGCAGGGAGAGGAAAAAGCCUUCAUUUUCUAGGAAAAGUAUAAUGAAAGUGGUGAUCAGGAAUACAAUUUGUGUUGGAUAACCUGACUGAAGGUAGUUUCCUGACCUCAGGAAAGUUACCUUUGAACACAGCAUAUAGCAUUUGUGUAUCUUAAGGUUAACAAAGCACACUGAAGAAUGUCUAAGUGAGUUCCCAGACUGAUACCAGUUCAGGUAAUGAAGUGUGUGCUUUUGUCAGUGAUGACAUCAAGAUUUUGUACUGAUCUUCUGAAGCAGCUGCGUUACAAAGGCUGUUUUUCUUUAAGGCCAAGGUGCCUGUUCGCUGUGUUUUGAAAGUCAACAAGUAGGAAGCCCAUAGAGAAGAAUAAGGUAGUGACGCUUGUAAAUGCUCUGAGGAGGAACAGACUUGUUUGCAUCAAUAUUAACUUUUGUCACUUUGAGCAGUUUCUGAGAUUUAAGGGUUUAUUACCACUUAAUAUGUUUUGUAAAGAGGUAGACUGUUUUCUUCGAGUGAGGAUAGUGUGCUGCUCAAAAGAUUUAAAAUCAGAAAGCACCUGGAGGAAAUGAACAAUUCGAUCACUUCAACUUGAUCACUUUCCUUACUUUAUCUUACAAGGCUUUAUUUUUGUUGUCCAGUGUCCUUUUUCUACUAAAUAGCAAAGCUAAUUUUGUGCAUGUUUAAUCAGAUUUUCCUGUAUGAAUGUUGUGAAGACUGACUGAUGAGUUCUUUGAAGUCACUUAAUUGAGCUUAUUCUAUCUGUGCUUUGUCAAGUUCUACACAGUAGGUGUAAAUCUUUUCAAAGGCCUCAGGAGGCUUUGAAUCACCUGUACAGAUUGCGCUUCUUUGUCAUAAAGUGUUAACACCCGUUUGUACUUUAGUAAGCACAGAUGUUUGAAAUACAUUAAACUUAUGUGUAAUUUAGGAGUUAUUGCAAUAAAACAAUGUACUAAAAGCAUAAAA